UAGAAGAAAUGGUUGGAGCUGCCCCUUCUCUCUGCAAGUCAGCGGAAUAAAACGCGCUCUACACUUUUCACCAAUUUUCUUUACACGAAACUCCUUGCUUCUAAGACGUUUUUUUGGUUGUUUUUUAAAAAAAAAUAUUUUCCUUCUCCCUCUUUACGCAAAUUGAAGUUCUUCUUUUUCGAAAACAAGGAUACCGGGAGUUUUACGCAUUACAUCGAGCCAGUCGAAGGACGGGUAUCAUAUCAGCUUCCUUUGCUGUCUUUUCUCACAAAUAAAACAGAGUUCUCCGCUGGGGAAUUACAACCACUUCGUUUAGGACUUUAAAUAGGCAGAAAGGAUUUUCCUUCAGUCGUAAUUAGCGUGCCUCGCCACCCUCCUUGUCUCGAGCGCGCGUACUCUCCAUAUGGCGUAAAACGUGCCUCGCGCAGGAUAAAGUCAUCAGAACUGGCACUUUGUAAUAUUUCAGUCUCACUUGGCGAACCACAGAAGCCUAACGACCAUCGUCGUCUCCGUUAAUAAGGAGCUUGGAUGUCAGCAAAUAGUACUGCCGCUUGGGAGUGGAACCGUCUCCUGUCAUCUUCAUUUUCUCCAGCAUGGCAUCUCACUGGAAGUAGCCUUCAAAGUGGAAGAUGGCUUUUUACUGUCCCUAGGUUAUAGCCUAAUCCCUCCGCAUGCCUAAUGGCACACUGACGGUGAAAACUCGGCUUUUGUAAAAAGGUGAAGAAUGACUGCAGCGGCAGGUGUGCUAACAGGCUUGGCCAAGCUAAAGCGCCAGGACUCUGCUCGCUCUCAGCAUCGGCCCGUACCACCGACAUCGCCGGGCCUGGGACACGCCGCGCCCGAGGCCGCUCCUAGGAAGAGGAAGAGGCGCACCGAUGUCGUAGUGGUGCGAGGUAGACUCCGUCUCUACUCUGCAUCUGGGUUUUUCCUCCUUCUGGGACUAAUCAUCUUGGCCAUAGGGAUUGGCAUGGCGACGCUAGGUUACUGGCCUCACAGUAAAGCCAUACUCGCUGGAGGAGGAACUGGAGUCAAGACAGAAAAUGAUGCAGCCAAUGCGAGGCACAAUGGGCAAGGUACGCCUUCCAAGGAGACUGAGAGCGCUCUGAUGCGAUUCCUAGAACAGCAUCUUCACUCUGAGAGGAUGAAGAUGCUUGGGCCCUUCACCAUGGGCAUUGGGAUUUUUAUUUUCAUCUGUGCUAAUGCAAUACUUCACGAAAACAGAGACAGGGAAACCAAGAUCAUCCAUAUGAGAGACAUGUACUCCACAGUCAUCGAUAUCCACCGCCUCAGGCAGAAAGAGCAAAAGCAACACCAACACCGGAACAGCACCUGUGUGAGAGAAGUCGGAGAUCUUCGAGUCUUCAGCUGCGAUACUGCCGCACGGUUAGCCAGCAACUCUCUCCUAGCUUUCUCUCGUGCUGGAAGCAUUGCCGGAGGAGGGAGAGGUUCUACAGAAGAGGAGGAGGUGUUGUUAGAGGAUGAGGAGUAUCACAGACGUAGAGAACAGGCUAAGAUGGAUUGUAACUUUGCAGGGCUAUUGGCACCCCUCUAUAAGGAUCGCCCAUUUUGUGGCCCCGGGGUCGGGCUGGUUCAUUCGGAUUCCAUGCGUCACCAGUGGUCAGCGGAUGGAGAUGGAGAGAGGGGAGGACACCAUGCACGCUCUAUUGUCUCCUCCUCUAUCUCUGCAUUUACACUCCCUGUUAUAAAACUCAACAACUGUGUUAUUGAUGAGCCGGAGAUGGAGGCAAUAACUGAAGAGGACAGAGGAGGAGAGAGAAGAGAAGGAGAGAGGUUGCAGCCUCUGACCUCUGUGGAGUCUCUGGUGGUUCCCGUGGCAUCCGUUGCCAAGGCCUCCAAACCACCGGGCCUACACAGGAGUAACUCCGCCUCCUCCUCAUCCCGCUGCUCCUCCUUAUCCUCGUCCUCCCUCUCCCCUGCUCCCUCCUCUACCUCAGGCUGCUGGCUUUCCCCGGGAGCAGCAAAGAGUGACUUUGGCUCCAACUCCUCUCUGCACAUGCUCAACAGCCAUUCCAAAUCUCUGGACUUGGAGCGCAGACCGAGUAUGCUUAGCGUAAACCCAGAGCAGCGGAAGCACCCCAGCUGGCCCCGACUUGACCGCAGCAACAGCAGCCGUAGUAACAGCGGCAGUCGGGGCAGCACCAAAGGCUACAAGCGGCUGGAGGACAGAGAAGAACAAGGAGAUCGGCUCUUGGAGGUGUCACAGUCUGUGGCAGAGAGGCGCGACUAUAGUAAGCGCGAGAAGCUGCUAAUGAUAUCCAGGUCGCAUAAUAACCUGAGCUUUGAGCAUGAUGAGUUUAAUAGCAGCACACUGAAGAGAGGCAGCUCUGAGACUCGGUUCUGAUCGCACUGAACUAGAGGUUGAUGACAGUUCUGUCCUGUUCUGUAAAUUGCCCUCCACACAGUAUGAAUGUACAGCUUGUGCUGGAGGAAACUGACAAGUUUAAUGGCUACACUGUGCAGAGAGGAAACUCAAGCAGUUUCAAGAAAGCCUGUUUUUAUGAGCAGCAGGUUGUAGAGUAAUGGAACAACUUGCACUGUGAAAGAGUUCAGGUCUAUUGUCAGUCAGACACAAUGGGUCUACUGCAUUAGGGUGACAUUAGUUGAUCUACGACAGUGAUUCCUAAUCCAGGGCACAUCUGCGGUAGGUUAGCCAAGGAGUAUAUGAAAAGACUAGCUCAGCUGUUACCAUUAAAUAAAAGAAUUAGUGGACCUGAGGAACUUUAGGCAGUGAAGGGAAAACUUCGAAUAAGUAGAAAUGUUUACAAAAGAUAAAAUGGUUAAAAGUGAUUGAAACUGGAUAACUCGCUAAGUGAGUAGUAGCGAGUAGUAAUAGUUGGAACUAUUAGCCAACAGCAUGCACAAAGAAAUGAUGUUAUGAGCUAAACAGGAUGGAUAACAAGCUGAAAUACUGUACAGUAGCUAGCUAAAUUCAUAAAUGUUGUCAAUUAUUUUGCUGAUGCUACUAAAUUCUCAUCUUUCAGUAUUGAUUAAUCCAAUGAAAUAUCAAUACAAAAGUAGGCUGAAAGAAUUUGAAUUGUUACCUUAACAUAAAAGUAAGAUUGCUAGCCAUAUAAAUAAAUAGGGGAAAUUGGUCAAUUGUCUGUGAAAAUACUGGAUAAAUGAUUAAAAUAGUCAUCUAAUAGUCCUGGACUAAUCAUUGAGAAAUUUGAACAUGAAGGGUUUAACCAAGGAAGAGUUUUUUCAGUCCAGAGGGGUGAACUACAAUGUGAGAUUAAUGGGUUAGCAAGCGAUGUUAAGAUAAAAGUCAGAGUAUUCUGUGUCAUGACUUUUACCUGGAUAAAUCACCAUGGUUACUUGUGCUAAAUCACCAUGGUUACUUAUGCUGAACACAAAACUUAUUUUGUUUUGUUAGGACAGCUAAGGCAAAGAAAGCCUGACUGGGUUGAACAUCCUGUGUAGUAUACUCCUCAGGACUGUUGGGAUAUGUAAGAUGAAAAAGGUUGGAUAAAUGAAAAAAGCUCAUUUGCAUUAAUGAGCUUGAAAGUCUAUAUUUGGUAUGAGCACCAUUAUUCAUCACACAGCCUGAACUCUUUUAGGCAUGUUUUGUUAUUAUAUCUUUAAAUUGUGUUCAGGAAUAGUUCUCCAGGCUCCUUUAGGGAUAUUCAAAGAUCUUCUUUGGAUGUUGGCUGCCUUUCAUUGUGCUCUUUGUCAAGAUGAUCCCGCUCUGUUUCAAUAAUGUUGAUGUCCGGGCUCUGGGGAGGCCAAUCCAUGACUGAUAGUGUUUCACUGUGUAUUUUUCCAUCCAUAUAUGCUUUAAGAGCACUGCAUUGGCAGUGUGUUUGGGGUCAUUGUCAUGCUGAAAACUUAAGCUGUUGCCAAUCAGAUGCUUUCCCGAAGGCACUGCAUGGUGGAUCUAAAUCGGAUCAUACUUUUCUGAAUUCUUAAAUCAAUCAGUGUUGACGAGAUCCCAACUCCACUGGCAGAAAUGCAGCCCCAAACCAAAACAGACCCUCAAUUGUGUACAGAUGGCUGUAGACGUUCACUGUUCUGCAUGCUGAUGACAAUUUGAAGCAGCACAUUUUACAUAUGUCUUAACUACUCCAUAAGACCUGUUACCAUUGAUUUGUCUUCCUCUUGUCCAGUUUCCAAGAAUCCUUUAAGGAUAUACUGCACACCAUGCUGAGAUAUGCCGAGUUUCUAGCUAAUACUAUUAAUAUUUCUGCACAAAUACUAUUUUAUGCCUGUCAAACUGUGAUAUCUUUGACAUUCCUCAUAGACUAAAGGAAUGGGAACAAAUGAUGCGUUUUUGUGACAGGGUGCUAGCGAUACAAUGUGAAAUUGGUUCUUUGCUAAGUUGUUUGUUAUGUAUGGAAACAACACUGACUACUCCCUUGAGUUAGGUGCCUUUUUUAUGCUUAAAUUAUUCAUAUGUCAGUGUUAAGCAGCUUAACUUACAACCAAGAAGUAAUGGUCAGGUACAAGGACUGGACUAAAAAAUAAAAAGCAGCCAAUGUCCAAAGAAAUGAGAAUUGCUCAUGACCACUUAUUAAUUACAAAAAAGUCCUCCUCAAGGGAUUAAUAAUUUUUUUAUAUAUUUUAUAUUCCCCUUGCUAUAAGAGCUGUUUAACACCCAAAUUUCUCAUCCAUGGGAUAAUAAAGGUUUAUUCUAAUAAAAUACAUCACAUCAGUCUGCUUAAUAUCAUAUUCAGAAAUCAUUUCUGAAGUUUUACCAUCACUGAGACAAUAUAACCAGCACUGCUACAUAAGGUUUUUUACAUAUAAAUUACCUGUUGCACAAAGGGUCCCAUAAGACGAAGGAAGUUACUACAAUGCCAGUGGGCUCUGCAACAGAGAUAUAAAUCAAAUAAAGAUAGUAGCCAGGGAAAUACAACAAAGAAGUCAUGAUGUCCUGCAGUAUUACAGUCCAUCUCUAAACUAGAAAUAAAAACCUCAGUCUAUGGCUCUGCUACAGGCAUUUCAAGGUUAUUUUUACAAAAUUAAUGUAAUGGAUAUCAUUCAGGAUAUUCAGUCAUACAGUUAUCUUUCUGUGUACUAUCAUAAAACUGAGUGUAUGAGAAAACCAUGGUUCAUCUGGUGCAUCAGCCACAGUAUUUUUUUCAGUCAAAACAGAAGGUAUACUUAUAACAACCAUUAGUUAUUUCUGAUCAACAAUCAAAAAUAAGUUAAUGUUUGUCUAUAUCUAAAAAUCUCUAAUUAGGAUAACAGAGACAAUUUGACUCUUUCUGUAUCUGAUUUAUUAUUGAAUAAAUGUUUGAACCUGUAUAAAAAAUAGUUCUCGGUAUUAGAACAAUUGAACCCACAUUUAUUUAUCUUGUGCUGUCUUUAUAAAACCAGAGAUCUGUAUCAUUCAAGUGUUGUUUCCUUUUAUUUGAUCACAUUUUUAUGAUGGUUUGUUUUGAGGAAUUCCUGUUCUUGGAUAUCUAAUUGAGUUUACAUGAAUUUGCAUUCAUAUUGUUCAAUGGUUUUGGUUUGUUAGUGACCUCUGAUCCUUCUGAACACUUGUGUAAAUCUCUUUAGGAAACUUGUAAUGUGUGUAAUGAGUAACACACCUUAUUUUGAGAUCUAACAUGAUGUACCCUCCCACUCAGUGCCACAUACUGUAUGAGUGUUAAAGAGGAACCCCUUUUAAAAGUGCAGAAAUCUUUUCAGAGAGCUUUAAUGGUCCCCCACAGUCUAUGGGUCAA